UUUCGGAGGUGCCAAGACCUUUUCGCCGCCGACACUUUUCUACUGGCAGGGAAUGAGCUGACAUAAGCUUCUGGCAGUCGAGGUAUAUCAGCUCGCCAGCGCUGAUAAACUCGGAACUUCCCAGCUUGCAACUUGCUACAUUAUCCCCAGGAGGGUGCACACAUGGAGGCUAUCAUGGGCGGCCGGACUGUUUCAGCCAGAGGCCUAUGCGCCUUCUGCCUGCAAGCCCAACGGCGGCAUUUGUUGAUGUCCGGUUACUCCAGGAUAUCAAGACCAUCUCCGAAGUCGUUCUCUACAGUACCGCCACUUAGACAAGAUGCGCCAUCUUCAACGAACAACGAAGAAAAGCAGUCCGCACUUCCAGACGAUGCAUCCCGAGAAGAGGGAGCCAUGUCCCGGAGACUGGCCGAAAUGACUGAACAAUCAAUGACAGAGGGAGGUCGAUCUGCGCGCAAGAACAUACAGGAAGCGGGAUUUUCGGAGGAGUUGAAAAAACAACUGGAGGAAAGACUCGCAGCAAGUGCUUUCAAGAGUGAAAACGCUGCUGCCAUCUCUGUUGCCAAUAUGCCGUCCAGCGCCGGCCGUGGAACUCAGGAUAUCGCCGCAGCUCCAGCUUGGACUGGGUCUGAAAGCGUUCAAGACGCCACUCUCCGCAUGCUCGACGACGCCAGCAAGCCAAUUAAGACUCCUUACAAGAUCCCAAAGCCCGGCCUUCCAUCAGUUAGCCUCGCACCGUCACCCAAAACCAAACAAUCCUCCGGUCAGCGCCUCGCCAGCGCUCGCGAACGCACCAUUAACUACUCUCUAAGCCAAGACUCCGGCAUGUCGGAAGCAGAACGAGAGGCGCUGCGCAAGGAGUUUCGCGAGCGGUUCACCCCGGGAGCCAGAGUCAUGCCGAUGUCCAUCCAGGGCCUACAAUCUCUCGCGAACGAACGGAUAGAAGACGCCAUGGCCCGAGGCCAGUUUAAGUAUAUCCGUCGCGGCAAAGGCCAAGGCACACAGGAAGACCACAAUGCCAACAGCGCUUUCAUCGACACAACGGAAUAUUUCAUGAACAAAAUCAUCCAGAAACAGGAGAUCGUCCCUCCCUGGAUCGAGAAGCAGCAAGAACUCGCACGGGAGGUGGACCGAUUCCGCCAACGCAUCCGCAGUGAUUGGAGACGACACGCUGCCCGGCUUAUCGCAAGCCAAGGAGGAUCUCUCCUGGACCAGAUGAAGCGUGCGCGCGCCUACGCUGCAGCAGAGUCUCGACUCACCGCCCAGCGGCUGGCGUCAGUAGCAUCUGAUUCGGAUCAAUCCGUCACCCAAAUCAACUCAGAUGGACGCAUAGUUCCAUCCCGAACUCCAUCAUCAGAGCAGGACUCUGCUUCACCACCCACAGAAUCAUCCGAAGAACCACUUCCUCACCUCCCCCCUCUUCGCGACCCGGAGUACCUCUCCAUCGAGCGCGGCUACCACGAACUCACCAUCAAAACCCUCAACGCCUUAACCCGCUCCUAUAACCUUCAAGCUCCCGCAAUGGCUCAGAAACCAUAUCUGAAUCUCGAGAGAGAACUAACAAACUGUUACGCGGAUGUGGCGCCCUCACUAGCAGACGAAAUUAAGCGACGAGCAACGGAGCGGGCGAGGGGACCUGCACUGCCGCCGAGCCAGAGGUCCUCUAGUGUGUUCGAGAUGCUGGCUACGAAGCAGGCGACGCGAGUUUACAGUGAAGAUCCUUCCAAGGAGUACGGGUUCAAGGAUUUCUGGAAGGACCUCUUUGGAAGGAAGAAAGAGGGCCAAACGGGAUAGAGACCAUGUGCUGUACAUAGCAUGCAGGCCGUUUCUAUGGUCUUCGCAGCUUUCAGUGUAUCAUAUAUUAUCAUGUAUUGUCACGACCUUUAUAUACCCUUGUGAUCUAAGAUGAACCAGAUAAC